UUGAACGUAAUUUAUAAAGUUUUUAUAUUUCUUUCAGCCCUCGCCCUGUGCGUUCGAUCCGAAGAAAACAAAAACGAAGCACCCAACAAGGACAAAAGACAAACUGAGGAACUUGUUUACAGAACAGCUAGAAAACAGGAACAAGUCGCUCCCGUACAAGAAAACCAAGAAGACGACAAACAAGACAACCGAAAUAUUGCUGAAGAAUAUCGUCCAGGUCAAGUAUUUUCCCUUAACGUUCAAGAACUUCUUGAACUCCAGCCUGAGCGCAAAAAUCCAAUAAAAGGCAAUCAACAGCUUCAACAACUGUACAGCAAUUCUCAACAAGAUGCCAGACAGAAUGUUCAACAAAGCUAUUACUUAGAACCUCAACUUAGUCGUCAGGUAGCGUUUCAACCAUCCCAUGCACUGUCAGUGAUUCUGGUGCCGGGUUCUCAAGAAGCGUUAACUCCAGAACUUUUAGAAUAUUUGGGAUAUAUACCGGGACAAGAAGAAAUACGAGCGCAAUAUUAUAAACAAACUCAACAAACCCCACAAUUGCAAACCCAAAAUAUCGCUCCUCAGUAUCAACAGGUGGAUAUUCCUUAUGUUCCAAAAACCAGCAAGAAGCCGACAAAAUUGCGACCGAAGACGCAACUUGUUCAAGCACAACCAUCCGCAGCACCACAGCAAUACUUAAUUGAAACUACAAACGUACAAAAUCAUCAUCAACAGGUUCAACAACAAUUAGUUCCAAUAGUUCAAAAUCAAAGAGUUCCGCAGACACUUCGUUAUGUUACCCAUCAACCAGCUCCAACAGCUGUCCAACAACCAAUAUAUGAGAGACCAGAAUCUCAGGGCCUCAAAGUUGUGCCCCCACCAAAAUUACAACAGCUGAAUCCCCAAUACAACUAUAGGAUUCAAUACCAACAAGAGGCAACACCAAAACAAUACAGAAUUGUUGAAGCUCCCAAAACUCAAUCGCUUAGACAGGAACAACCACGUUUACUAACAAAUGAAAGAUCCUUAACUUAUCUCAAAAGAUUCCCUGACGCGGAAAACAACGACCUAUUGUGUCGGAACAAAACCUCCAUGAAAGUUUACUACAAAGACCAUCCCAAGUUUCUGAUCAGUACUAUCUUCGUCCAAUAUAUAGAUCAAAUGAACACCCUAGAUAUGAAGUAUCACCAGCAGCGUUAA